AUGGGGGAAGUUUCCAAGAUCGUUGGCGACCUUGCCGAGCACAUAUCCCAAAAGACAUCCGGCUUUAUUCAAUCUAGCAAGCACCGAGAUCUGCUGGACAUUGUCGAUUCUCUGCGCUCCAACGGUGUCAGUCAUUAUGUUGAUCUUCCUCAAAUCAUCGUGUGUGGCAGUCAGUCUUCGGGGAAGAGUUCCACACUCGAAUCUCUCUCGGGGAUCGCCUUCCCAACUGCUGAAGGACUGUGCACCCGCUUUGCUACUGAAUUGAUCCUCCGCCGAGGAGAAAAGUCCGAGCUCAAAGUUCAGAUUCAGCCUGCCGCCAGUCGGUCAGAAGAAGAGAGAGUCAAGCUACUCAAGUUCCACGAUAAAGAAACAGCCCAGCGAAGCUUUCCGAAGAUUAUCGAGGCCGCGAAAGUUGAAAUGGGCUUAUCCGGAACUGGCCCCGACUCCAAGGUUUUCAGUAAUGAUGUGUUGCGGAUCGAAAGUACCUCGCCAAAUGCCCCCAACUUGACCUUAGUAGAUCUUCCAGGUCUCUUUGGUGCGAGUGACAAGAACCAGUCGGACGACGACGCUGAAAUGGUCCAGAAUUUGGUAGUUUCGUACAUGAAGCAACGCAGAAGUAUCAUCCUGGCCGUCAUUUCAGCGGACAAUCCCUUCGCGAACCAGCCGGUCACAAAAUUCGCUCGGCAGAUUGACCCAUCUGGAACCAGGACGCUUGGGCUGAUCACAAAGCCAGAUAAGAUAGAAAGAGGCUCCGAGAGUGAAAAAUAUUACGUCGAAAUGGCACAGAACGAGAACGUUAAACUCACUCUGGGCUGGCAUGUCUUGCGCAAUAAGAGUUCAUCCAGCGCAGACGAUACAGCCGAGCAACACGAGGAGAAGGAGGCAGCUUUCUUCUCCGAAUCUAUCUGGGAGCAAAACCUUGAACGCUCACAGCUUGGCAUCGGAACUUUGCGAGAACGACUUCGUGACGCAUUAUGGAAGCAGAUUCACGAUGGGCUUCCUGGGGUGAAGUAUGAGGUUCAACAAGGGAUAAAGGACUGCACUACCAAACUCCAGCAGCUGGGUAAGGCGCGCAGCUCCCAGAGAGAGAAGCACACCUACCUCCACCGGAUUAGUGGCACACUUACUACUAUUAUUCAAGCCGCGAUUGAUGGAGUCUACGCAGACCCCUUCUUUGCAUCGUAUCCAGGCCAGCAAGAUGCUAUCGACAGACGACUUCGUUCAAAUAUACAGAGGCUCCUUACGAUCUACGCUGGCCGAAUGGCGCUGCACGGGCACUCUCUAGAAAUAGUGGAAGAUGACAUGGAAUCUUUACGAGAAUCGACCACGAAAUAUGUCACGAGAAGCUCGUAUCUUGAGGAGGUUAAGAAGCUCAUGGUCGAAUGUCGGGGCCGUGAACUACCUGGUACCUACAAUCCGCUCGUGGUUGGAGAUCUGUUCAGCCGUCAGUGCAAACCCUGGGUGCGCAUCACUCAGAACCUGGCCGAAGAGGUCCACGGAGCUGCAGCCACGACUUUCAACAAGAUUUUGGCUGAGAUCUGUGACGAAAACACUCGAUCGCUCUUGAUGAGAUGGCUUGUCCAACCAUCACUGCACAAACUCCGCAAGGAUUUAAUUGCUAAGCUAGACGAGCUCCUUGAGCCGCAUCUUGCCAUUCAUCCGAUCACAUAUAAUGACUAUCUUACAAAACAGGUGCAACUCAUUCAAGGCAAACGUCACGACCGAGCCUUCGAUAGGAUAUCUGAGGAAAUCUGUGACUAUACCUCAGAGACAGCAGAUGUUGGUGGUAGUUAUGAUGAUGUCGAUCUGCAAGAGCUCUUGACAUCACUAAAAGAUGGCACCAGGCCAGACGUGGAGGAGUACUCUGCCUCGCUCGCUGCUGAUGUUGCCGCAGCCUACUACAAGGUUGCCCUCAAGAAAUUUAUCGACGACGUCAGUGUCAACGCUGUCGAAACCUCCCUCAUUCAGAAGCUUCCAGGGGUAUUCUCUCCGGAUGUCGCGUGGGACCUUACCGAUGAUCAAGUGGAGAUUCUUGGAUCAGAGGAUACCGCCACUAUCACCGACAGGGCUGAUCUAUCCAAGAAGUUGGAGGUUCUGGAGAAAGGUCUGCAGGGCCUGGACGCCUUCACUGCACGAUCGGGAACACGAGCAUUAUGA